CAGGGUUUACAGACGUCAUUGGAAUAAAUGGACCCGUCCCGGAUGCCGUACUAAACCCGGACAGGAUGUGGCUUUGAAUUAUGUUACCAGAAUGUGUUAGCUAAGAACCACGACUUGUAAGCAUAAUGACAAAAACAUGUUCCCCCCCCAAAAAAUAGCUUUUGUAUCAAAGUAGAGGAUCGUGGCGGGGAUGUGGCUACGUUAUGGGAAACGUUUUCGGGAGAAAGAGUCGCCCUUCUCGAGUUACAGAACAAGACCGAGCGAUUCUGCAACUGAAACAGCAGAGAGAUAAACUGAAGCACUACCAGAAGAGAGUCACCCUGCAGCUGGAGAAGGAGAGGAGUCUGGCCAAGCAGCUGCUGAAGGAUGGAAAGAAAGAGAAGGCACUGGUUCUUCUCAAGAAGAAGCGUUAUCAGGAUCAACUGCUAGACAAGACGGAGAACCAGAUAUCAAACCUGGAACGCAUGGUUCAAGACAUUGAGUUUGUCCAGAUCGAGAUGAAAGUCAUUGAGGGGCUGAAGGUUGGAAAUGACUGUCUGAAGAGUAUGCAUGAGGCCAUGUCACUAGAGGACGUGGAGAGGAUCAUGGAUGAGACCCAGGAUGCUAUAGAAUACCAGAGGCAAAUAGAUGAGCUGCUGUCAGGCUCCCUGACUCAGGAGGAUGAGGAUGCUGUGUUAUCUGAGCUGGAGGCUAUCACUCAGGGAGAAGAUGUAGAACUUCCAGAGGUCCCCACUGAGCCUCUACCAGAGGUCCCAGAACCAGCUGAGACCGAGCCAGGUAACGAGAGAAGACCAGCAAGGAACAAGGAGAACAGAGAGAUGCUGGCAGCGUAGAGACAAGACUCAACAAUAUCAACAGUAGCUGUGGAUGGAGCUAGUCCAACUGACUCAACAACAGUAGCUGUGGAUGUAGCUAGUCCAACUGACUCAACAACAGUAGCUGUGGAUGUAGCUAGUCCAACUGACUCAACAAUAUCAACAGUAGCUGUGGAUGGAGCUAGUCCAACUGACUCAAUAACAGUAGCUGUGGAUGGAGCUAGUCCAACUGACUCAACAACAGUAGCUGUGGAUGUAGCUAGUCCAACUGACUCAACAAUAUCAACAGUAGCUGUGGAUGGAGCUAGUCCAACUGACUCAAUAACAGUAGCUGUGGAUGGAGCUAGUCCAACUAACUCAAUAACAACAACAGUAGCUAUGGAUGGAGCUAGUACAACUGACUCAAUAACAUCAACAGUAGCUAUGGAUGGAGCUAGUACAACCAACUCAACAACAACAACAGUAGCUGUGGAUGGAGCUAGUCCAACUAACUCAACAACAGUAGCUGUGGAUGUAGCUAGUCCAACUGACUCAACAAUAUCAACAGUAGCUGUGGAUGGAGCUAGUCCAACUGACUCAACAACAGUAGCUGUGGAUGUAGCUAGUCCAACUGACUCAACAAUAUCAACAGUAGCUGUGGAUGGAGCUAGUCCAACUAACUCAAUAACAACAACAGUAGCUGUGGAUGGAGCUAGUCCAACUAACUCAAUAACAACAACAGUAGCUGUGGAUGGAGCUAGUCCAACUAACUCAAUAACAGUAGCUGUGGAUGGAGCUAGUCCAACUAACUCAAUAACAUCAACAGUAGCUAUGGAUGGAGCUAGUCCAACUAACUCAAUAACAUCAACAGUAGCUAUGGAUGGAGCUAGUCCAGCUGACUCAAUAACAGUAGCUGUGGAUGUAGCUAGUCCAACUGACUCAAUAACAACAACAGUAGCUGUGGAUGUAGCUAGUCCAACUGACUCAAUAACAACAACAGUAGCUGUGGAUGUAGCUAGUCCAACUGACUCAAUAACAACAACAGUAGCUGUGGAUGUAGCUAGUCCAACUGACUCAAUAACAACAACAGUAGCUAUGGAUGGAGCUAGUCCAACUGACUCAACAAUAUCAACAGUAGCUGUGGAUGGAGCUAGUCCAACUGACUCAAUAACAACAACAGUAGCUAUGGAUGGAGCUAGUACAACUGACUCAAUAACAUCAACAGUAGCAACAGUAGCUAUGGAUGUAGCUAGUCCAACUGACUCAAUAACAACAACAGUAGCUGUGGAUGGAGCUAGUACAACUAACUCAACAUCAACAGUAGCUAUGGAUGGAGCUAGUACAACUAACUCAACAACAACAACAGUAGCUGUGGAUGGAGCUAGUACAACUAACUCAACAACAUCAACAGUAGCUGUGGAUGGAGCUAGUACAACUAACUCAACAACAUCAACAGUAGCUAUGGAUGGAGCUAGUACAACUAACUCAACAUCAACAGUAGCUAUGGAUGGAGCUAGUACAACUAACUCAACAUCAACAGUAGCUAUGGAGGGAGCUAGUACAACUAACUCAAUAACAGUAGCUAUGGAUGGAGCUAGUACAACUAACUCAAUAACAGUAGCUAUGGAUGGAGCUAGUACAACUAACUCAACAACAACAACAGUAGCUAUGGAUGGAGCUAGUACAACUAACUCAACAACAUCAACAGUAGCUAUGGAUGGAGCUAGUACAACUAACUCAACAUCAACAGUAGCUAUGGAUGGAGCUAGUACAACUAACUCAACAUCAACAGUAGCUAUGGAGGGAGCUAGUCCAACUGACUCAACAUCAACAGUAGCUAUGGAUGGAGCUAGUACAACUAACUCAACAUCAACAGUAGCUAUGGAUGGAGCUAGUACAACUAACUCAACAUCAACAGUAGCUAUGGAGGGAGCUAGUCCAACUGACUCAACAACAUCAACAGUAGCUAUGGAGGGAGCUAGUCCAACUGACUCAACAACAUCAACAGUAGCUAUGGAUGGAGCUAGUACAACUAACUCAACAUCAACAGUAGCUAUGGAUGGAGCUAGUACAACUAACUCAACAUCAACAGUAGCUAUGGAGGGAGCUAGUCCAACUGACUCAACAACAUCAACAGUAGCUAUGGAUGGAGCUAGUACAACUAACUCAACAUCAACAGUAGCUAUGGAUGGAGCUAGUCAUCAGCUGGUCGCUCACUGCAUGGAGGAGCAGAAUCCAUCCAUCCAGACUCACUCUGCUGGUCUGUCCAGUCCCUGAUCCCCCUCUGUCUCAUAGAAUGGAGUGCAGGUACAGAAGUACACAUUCCUCUUCGUAAAAACUUUAUUGUCCCAACGCUGAACAAUAUGAUUUGUAGCAAAAACGGGAACAAAUGUGUACACACACAGAUGUGUACAAGCAGACACACACACACCACCAGGCCUAGGAGAACAUCUGUGCUGAAGUCUCCUCUGGUCACUCUGUUUUUAAUGAUGAAUUAAACACUAAAGGGAAAAUGAUUGCCGUCUCUCAGUAUAUGGUUUGGAUUGAUUGGUAGCAUGUUGUCACUGUACAAAUUCCUUUUGUAAUUCACACGACUGAUAAAUGAAGUUAGACGUAACCGAAGAUAAUGUCAUUUUAAAACCGUUGUUCUCCAUAAUUAAAAGGCGGAGCUGUGGCUUACAGACAA